UCAUUGAACUAUUCGACGGCAAUCUGAAUGCCAACUCACCUUUCAAGUUCCCCGUGAACAUAAAUUAAGAAAGCAGGGAUCACCGUUUCCUUGCACGCCUUCCUUGCACGCCUCCCUUGCAUCAUCUGCCUUGUCUUCCAUCUUGUCGACCAUCGCCUUUUGCGUGUUCGCUGCCUCCGGGGGUGUGCUUAUCAUCAAAAUCGAGCUUCGGCACGACCCCUUUCAGUCCUGCUUAUGACGUCAACUAUUCCUUAGUUUGAGACGAGAGACGUUCGCUGCAUCGGAAGCCAUGGAGUACACCAUCAACCUGUUCAGUCGCUGAAUCUGAAGCACAGAGAGGAGAUUGUUUUCUCGCUUUUUCUUUCCAACUGCCUCGAAGAGAUGCCGAGCCCGUUGCUCUCCACGCACAAUGUUACUGUGCUGGGCAACAGGAGUGAUCCAGUCGUGGUGCUGGGGCAUGGCCUUGGAACCGACCAAUCAGUGUGGAAGUACACUGUGCCGUCUUUGGUGAAUCAGAACUUCCAAGUUGUGCUUUACGACACGAUGGGAGCGGGUUCUACCGAGACUUCUGACUUCAACUUUAAGAGAUACUCUUCACUUCAAGGACACGUUGAUGAUCUGUUGGCUAUUCUCGACGAGCUGGAAAUAGAAAACUGUGUGUAUGUGGGACACUCAAUGUCAGGAAUGAUUGGUGUUCUAGCUUCCCUCGAACGGCCUGACCUGUUUCGGAAGCUUAUCCUUCUAUCCGCAUCCCCGAGAUACCUAAACGAUUCUUCUUAUUAUGGAGGAUUUGAGCAGGAGGAUCUCGAUCAGCUCUUUUCCAGCAUGAGGUCGAACUUCAGUGCUUGGGUUUCGGGUUUUGCAACAGCGGCUGUUGGGACUGAUAUUCACGAUGAAGCAGUGCAAGAAUUCAGCAGCACUUUCAUCUCAAUGAGACCAGACGUCGCUCUUAGAACCUCCCAAUUCGUAUUUCAAAGUGAUUUUCGAAGCAUUUUGUCCGAGGUGACAGUACCAUGUCACAUUGUUCAAUCUCGCAAAGACAUUGCCGUGCCAAUUGAAGUGGCGGAGUACCUGCGAUGCAACCUAGGGGGGUGGACAUCCGUAGAUAUUUUGCAAACUGAUGGUCACUUGCCACAGCUGAGUUGUCCAGAAUUGGUGGUGCCGGUUCUCCUCCACUGCAUCGACUCAUGAUCUAUCCAAAACAGCCAUCGACGAACCGAUAAUAGGCAAUGCUGGUCUACAGAUUCUUCUACAACACUUCUCGUGAUACCUUGUAAUAAUACUAUAUACCCUCAAGCAGUUUUGUUUCACAGUAUUCCCCAUAAAAUUCUUCGACUAAUAAUCAAGGGCUUGUACAAGGGGCACUUAAUCCUUCUGCUCAGUUAAACGGGACUGUCGUCGCUGGUGGGAGGGGUGGGUUUCAGGAGAGCAUUUACAUUCUAUGGGAUUCAACCACCCUACCAGUUGCGACAGUCCAGCUUAACUGGAUGAAGGGGAAGCUGAGUGCCCUUGUCUCAGUACCACCGUUUCUAAUUCAAUCAGUCGCUGCCUUUGUGUUCAAAUUACACGUCGCUCUUGUUAGUGUUGUUGCUAUUUGAGCUACUGAAACUGCUCUGCAUGUCUCUCACGAUGAAGAAAAGAAACGCCUGAGCGCCACUGAA